UGGCCCGACGCCGAUUGGCCGCGGCGUGCCCCCGCCGCGACAGGCCGUUGGGCCUGCGACCUCCCCUCAGCGGCGGCCCCUCGGGAGUGUCGGAAAAGGGCGGGGGAUGCAGGAGGAGGGCUGGCCGAUGGCGGUGGGACUUUUAAACCGGGUUUAAGGCCUGAGGCGGUCGCCUCGCCCCUCCUCCCCGCCAUGAGCGCGGCGGUCUUCUUCGGCUGCGCCUUCAUCGCCUUCGGGCCGGCGUUCGCGCUGCUGCUGUUCACCGUGGCCGGUGAGCCGCUGCGGGUGAUCAUCCUGGUCGCCGGCUCGUUCUUCUGGCUGGUAUCACUGCUCCUCUCCUCGCUGCUGUGGUUUGUGGCAGUACAGCUCAGCAACAAGGAGAACGCUGGGCUUCAGCACGGCCUGCUGAUGAUGGGAGCCGGGAUCUCCGUCUUGCUUCAAGAGGCCUUUCGGUUCGCAUACUACAAGCUGCUCAAGAAAGCUGACCAGGGCCUCGCGGCGAUAAGCGAAGAUGGGAGGUCGCCCAUCUCCAUCGGGCAGAUGGCGUAUGUUUCGGGUCUAGCCUUCGGCGUUGCCAGUGGUGCCUUCUCUGUCAUCAAUGUACUGUCGGACUCGCUGGGGCCAGGCGCGGUGGGCAUUCACGGAGACUCUCCCUACUUCUUCCUUACCUCAGCUUUCGUGACCUCGGCCGUGGUUCUCUUGCACACGUCCUGGGGGGUCGUGUUCUUUGACGCCUGCGAGAAGAGGAGGUGGCUGCUGCUGGCCGUGGUCGUUGUGUCUCACGCGCUGAUGUCUGGCCUGACAUUCUUGAAUCCUCGGUACGAGUGGAGCCUCCCUCUGAUCUACGCCAUCACGAUCGCCACGGGAGGAUGGGCCUUUUCGACGGCAGGGGGAUCAAUGCGGAAUAUCUGGCGCUGUGCCACAUGCAAGCAGGAGUCUGACCCCCACAUUCUGGUCUAUUCAGCUCUCCAGCCACCAGCGGAGGAUUGAGGGUCAGUCCGAGCACUCGGCAGCGUCCCCCUCUGCUCAGACCCCAUCCCCCUGCCUUACCCUGGGCACUGGCCCGCCAGACGAGCACAGAGCUCGGACAGCAGUCAGUUGUUGCACAUGUCAGACGGGGUGCUCGUUGUGAGGCAGACAGCGGGAGAGGCCCCAGUAGCGAUUACCUCACGUUAACCGACUUGGUGUGUCCACUGGAAGAAGAAAUUGAACGUCUUGCGGAACAAAAUUGACUACUGAACACAUUAUGGAACUUUUUUGAUUUUUUUUUUCAAACUCCCAUUAUGGUGCAAUACUCCAUUAGCAUGGGUGUGCGCAUGUGCAAUGUUUGUUUUUGUCAUCUCUUAUUAUUUCCUAAUCUCUUUAACCAAAAGGCAAGGGGCUGGACUCGAGCACAUGAGCUACUCUCCUGCUUUUGUGCUUUCCCAUAGGACUUCGAUAUCAUUCCAAUUAAACCUAUCAGGACUUUGUGACUGAUCAAACAAGAGGGAAGGUUCUCUCUAUCCUGUGUGUAACUUAAUUAAGUGGAUCUCUCCAACUCUCGUCAUUUCGAGCGAAACUACUGCAGGAAGCGUAUGUUUGUAGGUAGCUAAUCACUGGGUUUGAAAAUUAAAAGGCAAGGUGCAUUUGCCAUCCUUCUCCCCCACCUGUUUUGGGGGUGAGGUGUGACGGGACAGCCGUUUUCCAAGUCAUCCCCUGUUUCUUUCCCGUACUGUGCUGAGGUCCAUAAAAAGCGUUGGUCUCACUAUACAGAGAAAAGUUGGCCACUGUUACCCUCUUGUGCGGAGUUUAAAAAACCGUCAUCUACAAGUGUUUCUCUCUAUCUACUGCUCGAGGCCUGAACCUCCUGACAAUUUGCAGGUUUUUUCCCCCCCCCCAUAUCUGACCUCACCUCAGUGUCUAGCCCUGAGCUGUGUUUAAAGGCAGGCCGGGGUGGUUAAAAAGCAACGAGAAUAGCAUUUUGCCCCCCAACACUCACCCACCCAAAAAAAAGGCUUCUGUACAUCAAUCCUGGAAUGCUUUCCCUCAGGAUGCUUGUCACGGACCCUCCUAGUGAGACGGACGACUGACAUUUGAAAGGGAGAGUUGCAGCUGUAAAUAGCCCAGGUUCCCUCAGCCGAUAAAGGGCCGAGAUUGCUGACCUGUGCGUCAUCCUGCCCCAUGAGAGAAAUGUGGUCACACAUUAAGCAAGGAGAGAGCCUUCUAUCGUUCUGUGAGCACUGUACGUGAUGGGGAAAGAAAUUGCGAAACAUCCUCACCACAAAUGGUUGGGAAAUAAGGUCUUUUUUUUUAAAUUGUAGAGCUGCAUUGAUGAACUCUCUUAAUGCCCACUCCAAAUGACCGAAGAGGCGUUGUGUAUUUGCUUGAAUAAUGUGGGUCUUGUUGUAACAAGAUGAUUCUGUGCAAGACAUUGCACGUUACUCUCAAAUGUUAUUUCAUUUAAAAAUACAAUACUUUAAUUAUUUGG